GGUCUUGAUGGAUCCCAUCUUUGAAGACCACGACCACAACAACUGAAACAAAUACAAUACAGACAGACACCCUUUUACUCAUCUCCCUAGAGUCUUUAUCAAUCCUCUUCAGUCUUUAACACCCAACUUUUCUUGUUUCUUUUCACUGCAUUAACAAGCUUGGUUUGCCUCUUCAGGAGGUGAUGAAUGUAAAUUUGAUGGAAUGGAGCUGUUUGAUUGUAGGAAUUGUUGCUCUGAGACUCUCAACCAAUUAGAUCAGGAGAGAUAAGGUUUGGGGAUUUCAAGAAAACAAUCAUGUUGAAGCGGUCACCGAGUAGAACCCAAAGAUCAAAAGGUGUCAAGGUAAAACGUGUUCUGCAGAUUCUGUUGUUGCUUGGUGUCUGCUUUUGGUUGAUCUACCAAAUCAAGCAUUCCCGUGAUAAGAAGAAGGAAUAUGAUGAAAAGGAAUCAAAGGUUUCUGUCAGAACUCAAACCGAUGUUGAGAAUUUUAAACUAGGCAGGAAGGACCUUCCUCGUGAGGGAGUGACUAGGAGUGAGAAGCCUGAUGAAGAGGAGGAAGAAGAAACCAGAGGAGACGAUGAAGAAAUGAAGCAUGCAGAAGAAGGGCAAGAAGAGAACAAACAUGAAGAAGAUGAUCAGGAGGAGGAAAACAAGCGUGAGGAACUAGAGCAUGAAGAACAAAAUACACAUGAAGAGGAUGAGCAAGAAGAGCUAGAUAACAAAGGAUUAGCAUCAGAAGAUGAGGGAAAUGGAGGUGGAGAUGAUGAGAUCGAUGAACGUGAUCAAGAGAAAAUUAGAGAAACUGAGCACGAUGAUGAGUUUGUGGAUGAUGAAAAAGAAAGGGAAGAUGGAGCUGAUGAGGAGGGUGGAGGUAGGGAAGGUGAAGACAAAGAGGGUGACAUGGAGAAUGAGAAUUCAUCAGAUGAUCAGGACCUUGAUGGAGGCAAUCUGAAUACUCAUGAAGCCCGAGAGGAGCAUUACAAGGCAGAUGAUGCUUCCAGUGCAGUGUCUCAUGAUACCCAGACUAUGGGCAGCGACUCUCAGAAAGGAAUUUUGGAAGUCCAAGCACAGAACUCAGAAAGGGAAGUUUUGCAACAAGAGAAUCAAUCCAAUAACACGGUCAAAGAUACGGAAGUUCAUGAAAAUAGCGGUUUAACACUGGGAGAAGGUGAUAAAGCUGAAAUAGGUACUUCUUUGGUUCUGGAAUCUGGAGAAAGGAAGGGUAAUGAGAGCAGUACAACUGAGAGAGGGGAUAACUCGCUUUCAAAUUUGACACUGAUAUCCCCAUCCAAUAAUCAACUAGUGGUGGGAAAUAACUCAUUAGAAAUGAGUACAGAAGCUAGCAAAAAUUCAGGUUCUAGUAUGGACGCUUCUGGUUUGUUUCUGCAAAAUGUAACAGAGACAAUGAACUCAACUCAGGCACAGAAUGCAGCUAGUGACGAUGCAACUCGUGAUAAUUCAACCAUUGGAGGAGUUUCCAACUUGCAAACAGCUGAACUGGAACUGGCCAAUAACUCUACCACCAUUUCUGAUAGCAACCAAUCUGAUUCGACUGUACCCACUGGUAUUGAGAAAGCAGAUGCAACUGCCUCCAACUCUAGUAAUUCGGAAGCUAAUGUGCUGGAUGACAUCAUAAGGUCUGAAACAAAGGCUAAAUCAGAGAUCGGCUCUGGGUCUUUAUCGACAACAAAAGAGGACCCUGAUGCAAGUCAAAAUGAGAAGUUGGAUCCCAACAAUGAACCAGGUCGAAUUGAUGGAGACUCUGGAUCUUCUGCUGUAAAUGGGACUGCAGAUGCUAUUCAACAUGAGGCCUUUGAUUCUUCUGAUUCUUCGAUUGCCCAAGAUAUUAAAGAUGUACGCGUAGAUUUGGACACGUUGCCAGAUAUUACUACUGGAGGAAAUAACAUUGAAGAUGCUGCAGCAGAAUGAGAAUCCCGGAGGAAAAUCCUAGCUGGGUUCUUAAGGGCGCAAAAGGUUUUUUUGAUAGAUACUUUGCCACUUUAUUUUCCGACUGCUGCAGUAGGUAAUUGAAUGUUUUAGCAGGGAAAAGGUAGGCAUGUUAAUGAGUGUUAAAUUUGUAUUAGCUUAUGUCAACUUUCCCAUUAUGUUCUUGUAUGUAUAUUUUGUGUUUGACAUAGUCUGCUUUUUAUUUAGUUUUGUUCUAUAUUGGGUUAAGGCUCUUUUUAUGGGUGCAAGAAACUAGUGAGAUUUGGUAUCAAUAGCAUGACAUCUUAAAUU